AUGUUUCAUGUGUUUGUUUUGUUCUGUUUGUGCUCGUGCCGUCUGAUUGGUGUGUUUGGUGCUGAAGCAAACAAAAUGCUUUCAGUGUCAGUGAUGGAGGGAGAUUCUGUCACUCUAAACACUGAUGUUACUGAAUUUAAUGUCGGCAGGAUAGUGUGGAAAUUUGGAGCUGAAAAGUCUCUCAUAGCAAUGAUCAAAAGGAACAAACAAAACUCUACAUCUGAUGUUCUUGAUGAGAGAUUCAGAGACAGACUGAAGCUGGACAGACAGACUGGAUCUCUGACCAUCACAAACAUCACAACUCAACACGCUGGACUCUAUGAAGUAAAUAUAAAUGGAGCGAAACGGUUAACAAAAACAUUCAAUGUUUCUGUCUAUGCUCAGGUGUCUGUUCCUGUCAUCAGCAGAAACUCUUCACAAUGUUCAUCUCCAUCAUCAUCAUCUUCAUCACAGCAGAAUUGUUCAUUGUUGUGUUCAGUGGUGAAUGUGAGUCAUGUGACUCUCUCCUGGUACAAAGGAAACAGUUUAUUGUCCAGCAUCAGUGUGUCUGAUCUCAGCAUCAGUCUCUCUCUACCUCUGGAGGUGGAAUAUCAGGAGAAAAACAGCUACAGCUGUGUGAUCAACAAUCCCAUCACAAACCAGACCACACAUCUCAACAUUACUGAACUCUGUCAACAAUGUGCAGAUCAGGGACUACCUUUAUUAUACGUAGUGUUGAUUUCUGCUGCUGGAUCUCUGUUGAUUGUAGCUGCAGUCGUGAUGUGCUGCAUCUGCAGGAAACUUAGUAAAAAUGACAGAGAAGGCAAGUGUCAAUAACUUAUUUUAAACAAGACUCCAUUAAAAGCCAAAAUGAACACUAUCGUUCUCAUAAUUUUGUCUAUUUUAAUUUAGUCCAUCUAGUUUUAUAUAUAAAUUAUAUAUGUAUAAAAUAUAUAGUUAUAUAUUUAAAUAAAUAGUAUGUAUUAAUGCUAACAUUUGAGCCUUGAUAAGGAUACACAUGUAAAGAAACCGAUCUAGUUAAGAUUGAUUAUUUAACGCAUCUAUUGCAUCUAUUGUUGCAGUUCAGACUUGUGUAGAAAUGAUAAUUUCUGCUGAGCCAACAUUCUACAAAAGAAAAACACAGUUGGUAAGAUCUCUGUAUUUUGUUGCAUGUGUGAGUAGAUCAGAAACAGGCAGGAGAAUCAGAAUAGUGAUUCAAGCUGAUUUAACUGGCUAAAACACACAUUAACCUAGAUGAAAAUCAACAAACACAGAUGGAGAACUGUGAACUUAAGUAACAAACACAAAUGAGGAUAAUUGAGGCAACAGUUAAUUCCCCAAAUAAAUUAAGUGAACAGUACGUUUAUUUUAGCAGAAACAUUCUGUAAAACUAUCUGACAGGAAAGUAAAGCCUUCAGAAAGUGAAAGUCAUAACAAUGCACACAUUUCUCAUGGUUUGCACAACAAUCAAUAAGACAUAUUCCUUUUAAAUCAUGUAAUUAAAGUCAGAUCUCCAAGACCGAUGUUUGCCACCCCUGGUCUAAAACAAAAGUUGUAAAAAUUCAGAAAAACUUUAAGAGCUCAUAAUUUGUUUAAAAAUAUAACACAUGAUAUUACAAUAUUACACAUGUUUGGGGGAAGCUGUACUCUAAUAGUUAGAGAGUUUGACGGCAAUACCACGACUGAGGUGCCCUUGAGAAAAGCAAUUUUUGUAAGCUAUAGCUUCUGACUUUUAAAUCAAAACAUACUCAUGAUUUUAUGGCAUCAAUUACUGCUUAAUUUAAUCAGAAACACAGUUAAAUAUUAUUUGUGUAUUUUGCUUUGAUUUUAGUAUGGAAGAAUGCCUACAGCACGCCCUAUGGAAUUAAAACUCCUGCUGCUGUACAUGCUAUUAAUGUUUACUGUCACACACCGAACGCCUCAUUCUGUAUGUGCAUCCUCAGUUUAAAUGCAGCGAGUCCAAUCACCAUUCAGGCAAAACUUUGCUUCAAGAAUGAGCCACAAUGCUGACUUGAUCUUAUCGCUAGCACACCCUGAGGAUAUGUGAGGUAACAUAUUCCUCUUAUUGGCAAGAAAUAUCGGCAUAAA